AUGUUUCUCUACUCACUAUCAGUACUUGCUCUACUGAGAGAAGAAGACUCAUCAGAGAGUGUUGACAGUAGUCACUUCACUGAGCUCAGUCAGACGCCACCUGAACUGGUUGAGCUUGUACAUGAAGCUCCACUGGAUGAAGAAGAUGCUCUGUUGAGUAAUAAAGAAUCAACAGAUAGUGGAGACAGUACUCACACCAGUGAAGUGAGUCUCUCAUCACCUGAGCUUGUUGUGGUCCUCCAGGAAGUUUCACUGGACGACGCUGAACAUCUACCCAGGCCACCAUCUCAGCCCAAGAGACGCUCACCAACAGCUUUAAAAAGACGAGUUUGCAAGACUAAAGUUUCAAAGAGUGAUGGUGAAAUCUGUGACCGGAUGAAAGAAUCUGUGUCAUUGGUGAAGUCAUCAUCUCUGCAGGAUUGUGUUCUUAUGUCCCAUGAAGUUACUGAGCAAACACUACAGGAUCCUCCACUAGACAAAGAAGAUGCCCCAGUAAGUGAUGAAAAAUCAUCAGAUAGUGGAGACGGCACUGACAGCCCCACAUCAUCUGACCCUGCUGAGCUCCUACUGGAAACUCCACUGGAUGAAGAACAUGCUCUACUGAUUGAAGGAGACUCAUCAGAGAGUGAUAAGAGCAGUCACUUCACUGAACUCAGUCAGACACCACCUGAAUGUGCUGAGCACCUACAUGAGGCUCCACUGGAUAAAAUAUCAAAGUGA